AUGGCCGGUCGAAACGUUUCUCACGGCCGUGGAGGCGCAGGAAACAUCUACUCCACCGCAAACCCCACCACAGCAAAGGAUCUCGUCACCCCGACAAUCAAACAAGAUACCUUCACAACCGGUCGGGGCGGCUCAGGCAACAUGGUCCAGUAUGACCCCGAGCGCCCGGAAAUCGCGCGCGAACUGCAGGAUGUAGAAUCGCCGCCGCAGCGGGUGGAGGAGGCUCCGCACCAUACGGGACGGGGUGGUGCUGCGAAUGCGUACUUCCCGACCCCCGAGCAGGAGAAGAAGGUCCGCGAGCAGGAAGAGGAGAAUCUGCAACGGGUUCGGACCGCAUCGAGGGAUCGUUUGAAGGAUGUUAAACAAGCUAGUGAGAAGCGCUCGGGUUCGUCAUCUUCGCGGUGA